AUGCCUUCCGCCGACUUCAUCAAUGUUAAAGCUCAAUCAGUUCUGGAGAAUGAAGAUGAGAUAGCUCGUACAAGAUGUACCAAACCUUUAGUAAACAAUGGAUUAUUGGAUCAAUACGAACAUUCGGAUCUUACACCAGUAAUUGGAAGAGCAUUUGAUGAGAAGAUCCAAUUGAAGGACUUUCUUGCACCGACUACUCCUGAAGGAUUGUUCAAUGAUCUCGCUUUAACAAUCUCCGAUCGUGGUGUGGUUUUCUUUCGAAAUCAAGAUAUUACUCCUGAGCAAAUGAAAGCUGUCAUUGAACGAAUUUCUAAAGCAGCUGGUUCUCCUGAAUCCUCUACCCUCCACAUCCAUCCCCUUACGGAACAAUCCUCCGAACUAGGCGACCAAAUAUCCGUCAUCUCUUCUGCCAAACAAGCUAAAGGAGGUGGUUUAACCCACCAACUCUCUGACGUAUCUCGAUUUGCCAGUACCGGCUGGCACGCCGACAUUACAUUCGAACGAGUACCUUCCGACUAUGCCAUGUUGAAAAUCCAUACCUUGCCAGAAACAGGCGGUGAUACGCUUUGGGCAUCUGGAAAUGAAAUUUAUGAGCGCUUGAGUCCGAAGAUGAAAGAGGUACUAGAGGGAUUGACGGCAACGCAUGAUGCGAACUUCUUCCAUGAUGAAGCGAGGAGGUUAGGACAGGAUAUUAGAGAAGAUAUGAGGGGAAGUCCUCUGAAUAUUGGGAAGGAGUUAAGCGCCAUUCAUCCAGUUGUUAGGACAAAUCCCGUAACCGGCAAAAAAACCCUCUUCGUAAAUCAAGGUUUCACAAAGCGUCUUCAUCCCCUCACGAAAGAUGAAUCGGAUCUUUUACUUCCAUGGUUAAAGAAUUUGGUGCCUUUAAAUCAUGAUGCCCAAGUUAGAUGGAAGUGGAGUAAGAAUGAUGUGGCGAUUUGGGAUAAUAGGAGUAAUUGGCAUUGUGCUACUUAUGAUUAUGCGGAGGCGAGAGCAGGUGAUAGGGUUUGUAGUCUUGGGGAGAAGCCAUAUUUGUAA